AUGGACACCGCCAAUAACAACUGCAUACGCUCUGCUCCCCGCCAAGCAGUGCCCCGGAAACCCCAGAAACCCCAGAAGCUCAAGGCAAGCUGUGACUUUUGUGCCAUGUCAAAGGUCAAGUGUGACCGCGGCCAACCGCAGUGUCUCAGAUGCGUCCGAAACGAGGUUGCCUGUCACUACAGCGAGUCCCGCCGCAUCGGUAAAGCUCGUCGGAUUUUUGGUGCAACUGGAUCUGGCUCAAAGCAAUCCAACUUCCCCACGCAGGAAGCAUGGGGCCAGCAGGGCGUUCAAGAGGGUUGUACGAGGACGCAUGAUUCAUCUGAGUCUCCUGACUACUCAAUAUCUGUGGAUGAGUUUGAUGAAGACACCAUGAUGUUUAUUCAUGAGGCUGAUUUGACUUCGAAUAUCUCGGCAAUGCCAUCACACCUAGAUGUCAUGAAGCAUCGCGAGCGGGGUGAUAAUCGUCAAAGCACCUCCCUGGAUGACAUGAAUUUCCUAACCUCACAAUUCCCAGAUUUCAUGCAAGAUAUCUGCGAUGGCCAAGCGCCUCAAACAAUGCAAAUUGAAGAAAACAAUCAGAUCAAUUCAAACUCCCAGCUGCACCUCUCGCCAAGCUUCUCGACAGGGGACCUCAGAGUGUGUAAUGGCGUUGGUUCGACAUACAAGGCCAAGACAGACUGCAUGGAAUUAGCCUGUAUGACGAUCAAGAGUUUGCAUAUGCCAGCUGAGCCCUGUGCCUUGUCUAACGACGAUGCCAAGAACGCGGACAUUAUCCGUAGCAUUGACAGCACGCUAAAAACAAGCCGUUCGGCCCGGGAGACUGUAGGGCAGAUCUUGGCAUGCCCCUGUGCCUGCAGCUGGAAUCUGCUGUACUUGUUGGUUCUUAUCACACGCCAAUUAAUCGGCACUUACUCUGCGUUGUUGGAACAACAGCUCUCGACACCUACGCCAUCCUUGUCUUCUUCCUCAUCUGCCCAGGAGUCGACUGCAAGCAGCGCCGAAACGAGGUCAACUGUAUUUGACAUCACAAUGACAAUUGGAGGCUACGUGUUGGACGGUGAAUCAAAGAUGAAAGUCAUUGCACAAGUGAUAAGGUCACAGAUCGAUGACACGGCGGAACUCAUUGAGUCUCUUGCAUCUCGAUCCGCGGAGAUUGAGAGGACAGCGGCGGAACCAGCUGCCUUGUGCUGGGCGGGCCUUAUCGAGUCGCUGCAACUCUGCCGAGAGAGGGCACUGCAGUCAUGUGCAUAA